AUGGCUGAAGAGGAAGUCGACUGGGGAUACGACGACGACGACUGUAUUAGUCUAGGUGGGGAGGAAGAGCUCACUGUAGCUGAUAUCCAGGUCGACGUUGUUGCCCCAAAGCCCACCGCGUCGGCGUCGGCCACUGCAACUCCAGCACCAGAGGAGAAACCCAAGACUGAAGACAGUGACGCUAUCCCUCAACCUGAAUUAUUCAAUCCUUCGCAAGUUGACCGCGAAUAUGGGAAGGAAGCAGCUCUGGUGCCAAAGGAAUCUUCAGCUGCUCGCAGUCCAUCGAUUUCGCCGGACAACGCGACGACAGAGACUGUGCGCACAAGUGCCCCGGCGAGCAAGACAACGAGCGAUGACGAUCGCCUUCCCCCAGGAUGGAAGAAAGUGCUGUCGAACUCGACCGGCAACUUCUUCUACCACCACACCGCGAGCGGCACGACCAGUUGGGACGUGCCAGUUGCCGAGCCUGAGACGAAGAGGAGUAAUGAGCCCAAGGAAGAGCGUGAGACCGACAGGGAUCGUAGUGCGCCCACUACGGGUCCUCGCGAGGAUCGCAAUGGGCGUGACCGCCGCCCACCAACUGGGCCCGCGGCAUCCCGCGGUGUGAAGGAGACGGAGAGGGUAGGAGACCGUCCAGCUGGCCGCGCGCUCGUUGAGCGCCUCACCCCGUCAGAGCGCUCUCAUGACAGGCAAAACCGUGAUGGGGCAACCGAUACCGAAGCAAAGCCUCCAGCAGCAGCUGCCGAGCGUCCAGGCCCACCGGUGCACCCCGAUCGUGCAGCGGUGUACCCCCGUGACCGUGGUCAGCCAGACCGAAUGGGCCGCGCCAUGCCCGACCGCAUGCAAGAGCGGGGUGGAGACCGUAACCGUCGCUAUGAUCGUGUCUCUGACCGUCCAAAUGUGGACCGGCAGCCCAUCGCCCACCCUGACGGACAGCGCGAGCGCUUGAUGUAUCCCGAUCGCCGGGGUCCUCCAGGCCGCGACGAGAACAGACCCUUACCGUUGGCUAUUGACCGCCCACCGCGUCUUCUCAGCCCCCCAAGGGCAAGGAGCCCGCCACGCGCCCCGACAGGUCCUCAAGCCGGCCGUGAACCUCAAAGCCUCCGCGACCGACUGGACACCCGCCCUCAGACUGGUCGCUGGCAAGAUGACGGUCCACGAGAUGUUCGCCAGCAAGAUGUUGCAUCGCAACCCAACAACAGGCCUGACCAACGUUCAGUCGCCCCUCCUGUUCACGAGAGUAGGCUUGCCAGGCCGCCUGCCUCAGACUCACGGCCCGCCGGCGACUUGCCUCCGCGUGCCUAUGGUCCAGGGAGCGGAUCUGCGCCUGGGGACUCUCGUGAUGUAGGAUAUGGCCGUCGAGACGACCCGGCACCGCGAUGGCCAAGGCGCGAUGAGCCAAGGCGCGAUGAACCAAGGCGCGAUGAGCCAAGGCGUGAUGAGCCAAGGCGUGAUGACCCUCGGCGUGAUGACCCUCGGCGUGAUGACCCUCGGCGCGACGGCCCUCGGCGCGACGACCGUGGGCCACCCCGCGGCCCAGUGCCAAGGGAUGACCGCCGGGAGCAGCCCAGGAGGGAUGCCCCUCGGCUAGAGCCACCUGUCGCGGAGCUCAAGAAGGAGCAAGAGGCCAAGCGCAGGAACGAUAUCGCGAACGUCAAAACCGACUCGUCUGCCCCAUCCACCGCACCGCAACAGUCGGCCAUUGACGAAGCUGAAGCCAAGCGCAACCUCAUUCGCGAGCGAAAGCGCAAGGCUGAGGAGGAGCUCAAGCUACUCGCUGAGGAAGAAGCGCAGAUCGAGGCUGCUGCGGCCAAGGCUGCUCAACCGGAGCAGAAGAGUGAGCAGGAGCGCAAGCAGGAUGAAGAGAGGCGUGCGGAGGACCGUCGUCGUGAUGAUCGCAGGCGGGACGACAGGCGCGGGGCGGAGGAGCGUGGCCGCGAUGACCGGCGCAACGACCGACCCGGCAACCGCGACCGACCAGCCAACAACCGCCUUUCAAUGUCCACUGGCCCCGGCAUGCCUAUCCGCCAGCCCGUUGGACCUCCCUUGGAUUCCGCAGGUUUUGGUCGUCGCGACCCACCUCCUCAUCAUGUUCGCGAACCUGCUCUCGCUGCUCGCGACCGCCCAAUCGACCCACCCGCUCGCACCACCGCCGCCGACUCCAAGGCUGUAGCCGAGCCCCGUCCAUCUGGGCCGCGUCCUGACGCGCGACCUGAUAUCCGCCAGCCAGAGCAACGACCCCCUACCAACUUGCAGCCCAGGGACCGUUCGCCACAGCCUCGAUACGGCCCCAACGCACCUGGGGCGCGCCCUGCAAUGGACCAUCCCAACGAGCGCCAUGCCAACGAGCGCCGCAUGGAGCGCCCAGACGACCGCGGUCCUCGAUUCGAUCGUCGGCCACCUCGUGGGGGCGAUUUGGACCGCAACGGUGUCCCGGCUGCAUACGACCGCUACAUGCCUGCCGCUGGACCUGACCCCCGUGACCGCGACCGUGGUGGACCUCCUAAGCGACCGCUUGAUGGACCCUCUGGAUAUCCUCAAGACCGUGAGAAGAGAAUGCGUUCGCCUGGUCGUCCCGGCGAGGGCUGGGGUGACCGCCGUUUGCGGGAGCGCGAUGAGCGUGACCGUGCCCGGCGCUAG